AUGGAAUAAAGUUUAUUCAUUUCAUAACAAGAAAUAGAACAAGUCAAUAAAUAAAAUACCAUUAACAUUAAUGUUGGUGUCUUAGGACAUAUUGAUUCUGGUAAAACAUCUUUGGUUAAGACAUUGUCUAAAGUAAUUAAUUUAUCAAUAUAUUAGAUAACAUCAACAGCCUCAUUAGAUAAGAACCCUUAGAGUUAGGAGAGGGGAAUUACUUUAGAUCUUGGGUUUAGUGCAUUUUACACUCGUAAUCCAAAUGAGGAGGGAAAGUAUCCACAAUAAAUCAUUUAAGAUAUUUUCAAUUUACAUUAGUAGAUUGUCCUGGACAUGCAUCAUUAAUUAAGACCAUUAUAGGAGGUGCUUAAAUUAUAGAUAUGAUGUUUUUAGUAAUUGAUGUGACUAAAGGCAUUUAAACUUAAACAGCUGAAUGUUUAGUAAUAGGUGAGAUUUUGGCUGAUAAAUUAAUUGUGGUCUUGAACAAAAUAGACUUAGCAACAGAUGAAGUAAUAAAUAAACAAAAAAAAAUAAUUUCUAAUGUUUUAUCUAAAACAAAGUUUGGAAAUUAAGUUCCAUUAGUUCCAGUUUCAGCUGUCUAAGCACUUGGAAUUGAAGAUCUAUUAAGAAUUCUACUUCAAAAUAUUACUAUUCCAAAUAGAUAAACAUAAUUAAAUAAGGGUCUUUUGUUUAUGAUUGAUCAUUGUUUUUAAAUAAAAGGAUAAGGAACAGUAACAACUGGUACUAUAAUAUAAGGAUCUAUGAAACCAAAUGAUGAAGUCUUUUUUCCUAUGUUAAAUUUGAAUAAAAAGAUCAAAAGUUUAUAGAUGUUUAAAAAACCAGUUUUAAUGGGAGAACCUGGAGAUAGAAUAGCUGCUUUAUUUACUAAUUUAGAUGCAAAAGAAAUUGAAAGAGGAAUUGUAUGUUAACCAGGGAUAGUAUCAUUAUUAGAAAAUAUAGUUAUUGAUUUUAAGAAGAUUAGUUAUUAUAAAGGAUAAUUGAAGUCUUAGAAUAAAUUUCAUAUCACUUCUGGUCAUUUGACUGUAAUGGGAUAAUUGAAAUUAAUAAUAAGACCAAAGAAUUUAUAGUUAGAAAUUAAUAGCGAAGGAGAAUAUUUAGAAGAUUAUGAAGGUAUAUAUUGAUUAUGAAUAUUAUUAUAGAUUAUGGAAAACUUCAAGAAAAGUAUAAUUUAUAUGGUGUGUUAUAAUUGGAGAAACCAUUGAUUGCAUCUAUGAAUUCUUUAGUUAUUGGUUCAAAAUUAGAUACUGAUUUAGAAGCUAAUAUAUGUAGAAUUGCAUUUUAUGGAAAUAUUCUGCACUCUUUUACAGGUUAAUAAAUAUUUCAAUAGAAUUACUUAAGAAUUUUUAGAAAGAAAAGUAAAAAUGGAAAGGUUGAAAAGGUGAUAGAUAAUUACACUUUACUUAUUAAGGAUUUAUUUAAGAAAGAAACAAAUAUUGCUAAUUAUAUUGGAAAAUUGAUUGUUAUCAAAUAAGGAAAUAUUUAAGGUAAAAUUGAAAGUGCUUUUGGGAAGAGUGGGAAAGUUAAAGUAUUUAUAGAAUCAGGAACUAAUUAAGAUAUGAUAAAUAGUGAUGUUGUUAUGAUUUAUAAAAAAUAUCUAUUUCAUAAAUGA